CGUCAUCAUUUAAUGUGGUUAUUACGUUUUUCGCAUCCAAUGUAAAUAAAAUGUCUUCAACACAUGAACUAAAAGACGUCAUUAAAGAUACAUUAGAGAAUAAAGGAACUUUAGGACAGAUAAAAGCAAGGAUAAGAGCUGAGGUGUUUAAUGCACUGAAUGACGAAAGUGAAAGUAAACCUCAACUUAGCAAUGAAAAUUUGAUUAUAAAUGAACUAAUCAGAGAGUAUCUUGAUUUUAACAAGUACAGAUAUUCAUCAUCAGUGUUGGUAGCUGAGUCAGGACAACCAAAUGUUCCAUUAGACAGAGGAUUUUUAAGCAGAGAACUGAAUAUCAGAGAAGACAGGAAUUCUAGCUCAGUACCUUUAUUAUAUGGGUUGGUAUCUACAUAUCUUAAAGAAAAUAGAAAACCAACAGGUCGAGAGACAUCACCACAGAGAAAUCAGGGUCCAGGCAGGGGAGCUUUUCUAGAGCAGCUUAGGCAAGACUUGGGAGAAAGAGGAGAAGGUGAAGAUGCUGUGAUAAUAAAACGGUGAUAAGACAGACUUCAAAAUAUUCAGUCUUAUUUAUUUGUCAAAUCAUGGUGAUUAAGAGGGAAGUGAAGGCUUGCACGGACAGUAGAAUAGUACAAAACAAGAGGAAAUAUUUUAUUUUCAAAGACAUUCUGAACUAGUUUGUACAUGUAUUUCUGUUUUGUAGAUUUAUAUAUUUGAUAAUAUUAUUUGAAUGUAUGCUAUUCAUUGUUAGUCAUGAAUAUAAAGAAGAGACUGCCUUUUAAAAAUUUUAAAUUGUCUGUCUUCGUUUUUAUGUCUCAAAAAUGUAUAAAUGAUAAGAAUUUUACAUUAAAUUUACUUUUGUAUAUAUAUUGUUAAUAAUUUAUAGUUUUAUAAUAAACAUUGGUGAAAUUU